CGCCCGCGUUUCCCCGCCGGGACGCUCUGGGAGGGACUUUCUGCCCGCCUCCGGCCGAAGCCGCUGCCGGCUUGGAAGCAGCCAUGAAGUUUCGCGCCAAGAUCGUGGACCUGGCCUGCCUGAAUCACUUCACACGAGUCAGUAACAUGAUAGCCAAGCUUGCCAAAACAUGCACCCUUCGCAUCAGCCCGGAGAAGCUGAACUUCAUCCUUUCGGACAAGCUGGCCAGUGGUGGGGUGAGCAUGUGGUGUGAGCUGGAGCAGGAGAACAUUUUUAGUGAAUUUCAAAUGGAAGGAGUCUCUGCAGAGAACAAUGCGAUUUAUUUAGAAUUAACAUCAGAAAACUUAUCCAGAGCCUUGAAGACUGCCCAGAACGCCAGAGCCUUGAAAAUCAAGCUGACUAACAAACAGUUUCCCUGUCUUACUGUGUCUGUGGAGCUGCAGUUGUCCUCGUCAAGCAGUAGUAGAAUUGUGACACAUGAUAUCCCCAUAAAGGUUAUUCCUAGAAGAUUGUGGAAGGACUUACAAGAACCAUCUGUCCCAAACUCUGAUGUCAGUAUUUAUUUACCAGCCUUGAAGACUAUGAAGAGUGUUGUAGAAAAAAUGAAAAACAUCAGUAAUCAACUGGUUAUUGAAGCAAACCUAAAUGGAGAACUGAACCUAAAGAUAGAAACUGAAUUGGUGUGUGUGACAACUCAUUUUAAGGAUCUUGGAAACCCUCUAUUACCCUCUGAGAGUGUCUCUCAAAGCAGACACCCGGAAGACAUGGCCGAGGUACACAUUGACAUAAGGAAACUCCUCCAGUUCCUUGCAGGACAGCAAGUGACUCCCACCAAGGCUGUGUGCAACAUUGUCAGUAACAGAACUGUUCAUUUUGACCUGCUUCUGGAAGACGUCUCCCUUCAGUAUUUCAUCCCAGCCUUGUCCUAGCACCGUGCCAGCAGAGUUGGCAGCACAGAGACCUUUGCUGAGACGACAGAAGCCCUGGAUGGUGGGAUCAGUCAGCUGUCCGUCCUCACAGCACCACAGACUUGUCCUGGGCGGUGCUGCUCGAAGCAGAGAUGGAAUUAAUGGAGCACAGCUGGAUAACCACCCUUUCGUAUUACUCAAGGCCAGCACCUGCGCCUUCUUCUCCCCUUGGUCUAAGACGUUACGAAGCAAAGAUAGAAUUUGUUUGUAUAGGGUCUUUUGUUUUGUUUUCCUCUGGAGCUUGAGAUGAGAGCAGGGCUUUUGUGUGCUAAGCUCCUGCUCUGCACUGAGUUGCUCCCCAGACAUCCUAAAGUGUGACUAGCAGAUUGACACUGAAGUUGUGAAAGUCGUCAUUUGAAUAGAAUUGGUGUUGCGGUCAGAAUUCGCAGGCGUACUCCCCAGCUAGUUUCCUGCUCAGUCCCCGGUAUAGCGCACUGUCUGCUUUCUGGUUUUAGCAUGCUCAUCUCUCCCAAGUCUGGGCGUUCAAUGCACACUGCACAGCCCGCUGUCCCUGGCAGCAUGCCUGGUUUCUCACCACUGAGUGUUCAGCUGCAGCGUGUGGAGCCUUGCCCAACUCACUGAAGAUUCCAGUCCACUUCCUUCUCACUGCCUGGGGAACCUGCAGAGCCAGAGACCUGAAGGCCAGCCCAACCAACCCACUUCCCAUCUUAAAUGUCCUUCUGUGUCCUUUCUGCCUGAGCCCACUUUGGUUUUAGGUUAUAACUUAUUUUCCUCUUUUGUAGUGCUCAAGGUCAAACCCAGGGCUGGGUACAUGAUAGGUAAGCACUCUAUGCCAAACUAUAUCCCCAGUCAUUUAAACCAUAAUUUUGUGUAAUUCUUUAAAGCACCCGGUGUUUCUCAUAGAGCAGUUGAAGCUUGGCCAUCAUGGGUGAAGCUGUAUUCUGCUCCUGUAUUGGUGCUAGCCCAUCCUGGAUGGUGUGCUUUCUACAAAAGCCCCUCAGCAGGCCUUUUGUUUUAACUAGGUGUCAGGUAGCCCAUGAGGUGGCAUCAGAACUGUUUUCAUGUCACAGAGUCGAGGCCUAAGUUGCCUAGGGUAAGAUUUGAAGGAGGGGGAGGGGAUAAACAAAACAGCAUUUCUUUCUUGGCCUUUUCAUAUUAUUUAGGGAACGUGCUAUUUCUCAAGUGCUGCUACGAUUAUUUGUUUCAGUUUCAGUUUCAGUUUUUAUUAGCCAGGUUCACAUGUAGUUCAAGCUGCAGCCAAGAUUGGCCGUGAACUCCUGAGCCUCCUGCUCCAAGUGUUGAGAUGACAGAUGUGAGCCGCCACACCUCUGGCUCUACUGAUACCUACUAAGAUAUAUUUAGUUAAACUAGCAUCUUAAAAUUAGGGAUUCCUUAACUGUUGAAGCGUUUCUCUCUUCUUUGGCUUGUAAUGAAAGACAGCCCAGGUGCCAUGAAGAAGCCUCAAAGUCAUGAUGCAAAUGAGAUUUCAGGAAGUUCCCUAUGAAGCUUGUUUUUUUUUUUUUGUCAAACUAUCAGUGUCUCACUAGUCACUAAUGUCACUGCUGUGUCGCAUGCUGAUGGCCAUGACUUUGCUUAGUAACACCUUGGGGGAGAAGCCUUCGUGGCAGUCAAGAGGUUGUGGUCUUUCUGGUUCUUGUCACAAUCUCUGCAUGGUGUUCAUAGCUUGCAUCUCACAGAGCUGUAGUCAAGGGAGGGAACUCGGAGUGGGGUCGUGAGAACUCGGAGCUGCUUAGUGGACCCCACCCUGAGGUGAGACUCCGUGAGAGCAGAGAAGCGUGGCUGUGUAGAAGGAGCGAGAGGUCUGAGGUUUCAUUUACCCUGAUCGCCUAGGACGUAAAGCUCGAAGAGUGCUUCCCUGGAUGUUAGAGCCAGUGAGAUACCCCGACCUUGCCUGCCCGGGCUCAGAAACCACAUGGUAGCCAUGUCUCGUACUGAGAUUAAGACUGUCCUCAGAGAGUCAGAGACGAGAGGAACUAAUGCAGCCACUCGUGCCGAUGUCCAAGCGGCCUUGUUAUCGUGUGGCCCUGCCCUGCGCCCUGCUACAAAGAAACUUGCUCUCGGAACCCUGAAAAGCAGCUCUGCAUUAGUCUUGAGGCAGGGAUGCUAGCCCUUUCACCAGGUGCGGUGGCCGAUGACAUCCUGGCAAAUGUCAUCCAGUUGGUGGAGUGUCUGUUGUGGUGGAUAAAAUUCUGUGCUUUUUUAUUUUAAAGCCUUUAUUGGUGUAUCAGAAUAACAGCCUAGAGGGUUUUUCUGAUGGUUCAGUAACGCUUUUCUUCCCCUCCUUUCACUCUGGGACAACCAAUUAUUUUCUAUCUUUGCUUGCUCUGGGCAGUUUUCUAACCUCUGCCCCAUCCUUUACUACCACUCUGAGGGCUCACCAGGAGGAUCUUGACCCUCGUAGUUGUAGAUCAGCGUCCAUAUAUUGAAUACAUACUUACCUCAGCCUUCAUAACAUGGCUUUGUCCAUGGCCAUGCUUGUAUAGUAAGUCUGUCUAAAUUUCUGUACGCCUGCACACACUGCAACCAUUGCAAAGCUUGAUGGCUUUAUCGUUUCUACCAGGGUGGGCUCCCAGAAUUCUUCACACUUCCAUUGCGGUAAGGCUGGUCACGUUUCUUCAUCCUAAUGGCCCUGAGUAGGCUAUCUGUUCACACUGUCCCUUGUGAAGAGACCAGACCCAAGCAGGUCUCCUACAAAGUCUCAGAAUGGGGGGGAGCCAGAUGCCCAGACCACACCUAUUUUUUCCACUGUAGAACGAAAUGCAGGGAAUUUCUCCAUGUGUGGCCCCGUGAGCUUGGAAAAGUAGCCUCAUAGUUACCCUGAUGUAUUUACUGUUUGCACAUGGUUUUGCAUUUCUCUGUGGCACAAUGGGUGCCACAGCUACACUCCGGAGUUUGGAGAAUUCAGGGUGGUCAUCUUGCUACUGGAAAGGUACUAGUUGGAAUUAUGUGGGGACAUGGAAAAGGCAUAGAUUUCUACCACCAUUUUGCCAAUGUCGCACUCCAGUUCUGUGCUUUUAUGUGGAUUCUGGUGGAGAAUCUAAAAGGGAGCUUGUGUUUGUGGAUUUUUCUCUAAGAACAGUGUUCAACUAGGAGAUGAUAAAUUAGGGUCAUUUGGACAUUGUGGGGAGAGGGGGUGCUAGGACCACUACCUGGGGUGCCAUUUGCUCUCUGUGGGAAAGCUUGAAACCGCUCCCUUUGACUUAAUACUUAGCUCAUAAGACUUGUUAUACAAGUUAUGAGCAAAGCUGAGUACUGCUCUAAAUUAAGGAUUUCUUAAUGUGAAUGACUCGGGAAUUGGUAGAUGAUGUGUGCUGUGAUGUCAUUUCCUAACGCUACAGGACAAAGUAGUAUGUAUGGUGACAAACCCAAUGGGAUGUUGGUGUUCAGUGUGGCAGAGAAGACCGGAAGCAUACAUCUACAUACAGCAUACAGCGAGCUCUGGGUGCUUUUUAUUUCAAUCUUUUUACACGUGUGUAUUUGCUAACAAUUUCAUAACCAUCUUUGUCAUGAAAUUAUUUUAUAGAAUUAAAUAUUUAUUAUUUGACUAUUA